AUGAUUCCAAAUUUAUUAAAAUCAUCAAAAAAUCAUUUAAAAAAUAUUUCUAAAAUUAGAAAUAAUUUUAAUUUAACAAAUCAAAGACAUCAAAUUAUUUUAAUUUCAUCAAAUAAUAAUAAUAUUAAUAAUAAUAAUAUUAUUAAAUCAUUAAAUAGUAGUAUUUUAUUUUCAAAUCAAAACAAAAACAACAACAAUAUUUGUUUCAAUAAUAAUAAUAAAAGAUAUUAUAGUAUAAAACCAACACAUAACGAAAAUUUAAUUAGUAAAGCAUCAGAAUUAAUUAAUGAAUCAAGAUUUGAAGAAGCAAUUAAAUUGUUGAAUACAGCAAUUGAAAUUCAACCAUUAGAUGCUAAUGCAUAUGCAUUACGUGCUGACACUUUAGAAUUCUUGGGUAGAUAUGAUGAAGCAAUUUUAGAUUAUGAAAAGAUACUUGGAUUUCUACCACAAAGUAUUCCAUGUUAUUCAUCAUUAGCAUCAUGUUUUUAUAAUAAAGGUGAAAUUGAUCGUGCAAUUAGAUAUUUUGAACAAAUUUUAAUUAUUGAUCCAAAUUAUAUACCAGCAAAUGGAUUUUUAGGUGAUAUUUAUUUAAAAAAAGGUGAUUUAAGUAAAUCAUUAGAAUAUUAUAAAAAUGUAUUAAGGAUUCAACCAGAGAGUGUUAUUGGUUUAGUUGGGUUAGGAUGUUUGGCAUUGAAACAAAAUAAUAAAAAAGAUGCAACAAAGAUCUUUCGUCAAGUUAUAAAAUUAGGUGAAGGUAAACCAAUUUCAUUUUUCCAAACAUCAGUAUCAACUAGUGGUGGUAGUAGUGAUAAUAAUAAUAGUGGCAAUUAUUAUCAAAAUGAUGUAAAAUUUAAAGGAUCAAUUGAUAGUAAUCCAAUCUAUAUUGCACAUGUAUCAUUGGCACAUAUAUAUUAUAAUGAAUUGAAUGCAGUUGAAGCAUUGAAACAGUUUAAUAAAGUUAUAGAAUACAAUCCAAACAAUUCCAAUGCAUUAGCAUUAGCAUCGACAUUGAAGCAACAAGAUGGUCAGCUUGGGGAAGCAUUGGAAACCAUUGAUAAAUCACUUGAACUAGACCCAUCCUCAGAGUUCAGUAAAUCGAUAAAGGCUGAUAUUUUAUAUGAUUUAGAACGUUUUGAAGAGGCUGUACCCUUGUUUAAGGAAUUGCUAGCUGGCUUCCUUCAAGGCGAGAACCCAGACCCAGAGAAGGCAUUACCUCGUCUAUCGGUUUUACAUAACUUAAUAUUAUCAUAUGCCCAUCUUUCCGCCCAAUUCCCACAAAUCAUCGAUUUCAAUGAAAUCUCUCAAAAGAUUGAGCCAAUAACAGAGAUGGAACAACUUUCAAAAACUCCUGAAACCCUUUUCGAACUAAAUGCUUCUUGUAGACAUUGGGUUAAAUUCUUUCAAAGAUUAUCACAAUCAGUUUAUAUUAGUGGUACCGUUCAAAGAGAAUUCUCUGAUUUAAUGUUAGAAUUCUUCCAAUCAAUAGCUUUAGCUGCAAGUGAAAUCGUUCAAAUUAAUCAUCGUGAAAUGCAAAAUCAAUCUGAAAAUCCAAUCUUAUCAAAAGAUGAUGAAAUGGAAAAAAUGUUAUUUGAAUAUUAUACUGAUUUAACUUUUUCAAUUUUAAAUAAUAAUAAUAAUAAUAAUAAUAAUAAUAAUGAUAAUAAUAAUGAUAAUUAG